AUGGCUAACCGUAACAACUGCUCCAGCAGCUGCACCUCUGGAUCCCUCAGGAAUUCCUGCCACAUCCCAGCCAGCUCCAACAUUGCCCUCUGCUCUACAAACAUGGGCUGCGGAGAGGUCUUCUGCGUCCCCAGCAACUGUCAAGACCACACCUGGUUCAUGGACAACUGCCCAGAGACCUUUGCAGAACCUAUCAGUGGCCAGCCACCCAGCCGCGAGGCCAGCGGCUUUGAAAACUCUUGUUGCUCUUCUGCAUAUUGUGUGCCCAGACCCUGUCAUGGAUCUGGCUAUCUUCCCACGACUUCCUUCAUCUCUGGAUCUUGCCUCCCAGCAUCCUACAGGCCCGUGAGCUAUGUAUCUAGCAGUUGCCGGCCAGUGAGUCCUUUCAUGAACAGCUGCCGUCCUGUAAGCUGUGGAUCUGGUGGCUACCGCCCACUCCCUUGUGUAUCCAAUAGCUGCCGACCCGUGGGCAUCGUCACUUAUGGAUGUAGGCCUUCAGGUUGUGUGACCUAUGGCCCUCAGACCAUUCACAUUGUGUCAAACAGCCUGAGACCUCUGCAGCCUGUCUGCGGUGGUUGCCAACCGGCGAUCCCUGUGUUUGGCAGUUGUCGUCCAUCUUGCUCUGCACAAGGAGGCCAGUAGCCUCCUUGUUCUAGUGAACAGCAAUGACGAAGAUCCAGGAUAAAACUUGCAA